AUGCCAAGACCGCAAAGCGCCACGUCGCGACAAGAAGCUGAAAUGGCUGCGAAAAGUUUAAGAGAGCUUCAAGCAGGCACUGCUGAUCCAGUGCAAAGGUUACGACUAUUAUGUUUGUCCAGAGGAGCUACUGGUAUCUUGGGGUUAGGCAGGAUGUUUCGCAGGAUGGACGAAGACGGUAACAAAAAUUUAAAUCUGGAAGAGUUUACUUUAGGUCUGAAAGAAAUGGGCUUGAACAUCAGUGAUGAUGAAAUCAAAGAGAUGUUUGCAAAGUUUGAUACUGAUGGUAGCGGCAGCAUUAACAUGGAGGAGUUUUUGGUUCAUAUUAGGCCUCCCCUCAGCGAUUCCAGAAAAAAAGUCAUUGAGGAGGCGUUCAAUAAAAUGGAUAAAACAAAAGAUGGUGAAAUUACUAUUGAAGAUUUGAAAAAUGUAUAUAAUGUUAAAUCACACCCAAGAUAUAUUUCUGGGGAAGACAGUGAAGAGGGUAUAUUAAAAAAAUUCUUAGGGAAUUUUGAACAGGACGCAACUAGGGAUGGAAAGGUAACCAAAGAAGAAUUCUUCAACUACUAUGCAGCAAUCAGCGCCUCAAUAGAUAACGACUGUUAUUUUGAUUUGAUGAUGAGACAAGCUUACAAACUUUAA